ACAGACUCCGUCACAUUCACACACGACUCCAAGUCAGCUCAAUCCAUAGGCGCUUGAGCGGGGCAGGCGGCUUCUGCUGUCCAGACAGAAAUGACGACCGCCACUUCUCCGGUGGUUUCCACAUUGUUCCACCACACUCACCCGCUGAAGAAGAAGCCGUCGCCUUAUCUCCCCAAAUCCCUUGGUCUCCAUUCCCACAGAGCCGUUCUCCCUCCUUAUCAUUCCCUCUCUCUCCUCCGCCUCUCUUUCCUUCCAAACUCUCGCGGCCCUCCUACCAAUACUCCCACUUGUUUUCUCAACCUCGGCCCCAUCAAAACCUCCCUUUCAUCGGCUUUCGAUUCUCUCCUCCUUCUCUGCACUUCGCUGGCUUUAUCUUCUGCCCUAUUUCUUGCAGAUGUUGAUCCCGCCUCCGCUUUCGUGGUCACUACGCCCAGGAAAUUGCAGACCGAUGAGCUCGCCACCGUACGUCUCUUUCAAGAGAACACCCCCUCUGUUGUUUACAUAACCAACCUUGCUGUCAGGCAGGAUGCGUUUACGUUGGACGUGUUGGAGGUUCCGCAGGGCUCUGGGUCUGGCUUUGUUUGGGACAAAGAAGGUCAUAUUGUAACCAAUUAUCACGUCAUCCGCGGCGCUUCUGAUCUCAGGGUCACGCUUGCUGACCAGUCUACUUAUGACGCAAAAGUUGUUGGAUUUGACCAAGACAAGGAUGUGGCCGUCUUGCGUGUUGAUGCACCUAGAGACAAACUCAGACCUAUACCUAUAGGUAUUUCUGCUGACUUACUUGUUGGUCAGAAGGUGUAUGCUAUUGGAAACCCGUUUGGACUUGACCAUACUCUUACAACCGGUGUAAUCAGUGGACUUCGUCGAGAAAUUAGUUCUGCUGCUACUGGUCGUCCAAUUCAAGAUGUUAUACAGACAGAUGCUGCAAUCAAUCCUGGUAACAGUGGAGGGCCACUCUUGGAUAGUUCUGGAAACCUCAUCGGGAUAAAUACAGCUAUAUAUUCCCCAUCAGGCGCGUCCUCGGGUGUUGGAUUUUCUAUUCCAGUGGAUACUGUAAAUGGAAUUGUUGACCAAUUGGUGAAGUUCGGAAAGGUCACAAGACCUGUUUUGGGAAUUAAGUUUGCACCGGAUCAAUCUGUGGAGCAGUUGGGUGUUAGUGGAGUACUUGUCUUAGAUGCUCCUGCCAAUGGCCCAGCGGGAAAAGCAGGCUUGCUGCCAACAAAACGAGAUUCAUAUGGCAGGCUUAUUUUAGGUGACAUCAUAACGUCUGUGAAUGGUAAAAAGGUUACUAACGGAAGUGAUUUGUACAGAAUUCUUGACCAGUGUAAAGUGGGUGAUACGGUGACGGUGGAGGUAUUGCGAGGUGACCACAAGGAGAAGAUCCCUGUCGUUCUUGAGCCAAAGCCUGAUGAAUCAUAAUGAUACGCCUCUCACCAUGUAUAUACAAUACACUCAGGUCCUAAAACACCUGCCAGGGAAUGCUGCGAUUUUAUGUGUUUUCUGGGUUGUUUCCUGACGUAAGGUCCAGCUGUACAUAUGUAUUCUAUUUCUGCCAAAACUAAUCAUCCUUAAAUUUUGAAUUCUUAAAGUGUGCAAAAAAAAAAAAAACAACUGACCACAUCUAUGUUUAAGAGAGGCAAGGGGAGUAUGAAAGCAUGUUAUGGAUCUCUAAUUAGGGGGGAAGGGAAACUAAGCAUUUUUUAAACAUGUGCACGGACUUUUCUCACUUGAAUUGGAUGAUUAUUAUUAGUCCAAACUAAUCUGAAUUAAGUUGAAUAGAA